CGAACCUGCCACACGCUUCGACGCACACAUCAGCUCGAAUACUAAACAGGUCAAAACAGAAACACCUUGAAAGAUCAUUCAGCAAAAACAGAGUGUGAAUGGAAAUUGUAAAUGGAGCUUGAACUGAAAGCAAAAUGAAAUAUGGGCAAGGCUUUGGAGAGGCUGGCACGUGGCAAGAAGAGGGAGGGUAGGAUGGAUCUUCAGUCCAGUGUAAGAGCCUCCCCCAGGGAAGCCGGCGUCAGACACAAGACCUCAUGGGCCGUUGACCUGCUGUCUCCGUGAUUUAUGGCGGCUGGGGGCCUUUGGCCACUGCAGACUCCUCUCCUCUCUCUCUUCUGUUUCCCUUCAUGCACACUGCAGGACCGCAAGGAGCCACACACACUGCACCACCGUCCACAGGAGUAUUCAAAAAGGGAUUCCUCACACAUGCUAAGCUGCAGCACAAGCGUGCAUAUACCUACUGCAUACAAAAAUAAACACCCCCAUAAACAUUCCUACACUGCAGCACCGUGUCCCGCCAUUGAGUCACAUGUCCAUUAGACAAAGCCUGCUCUCAGAGCCUGCUCCAUUUGACAGCGUGUGGAUUACGAUCAGUCAUGGUGUGUCAGCUGUAGAGCCCUUGGUGUAGCUACUGCUCAGGGGCAGAGCUGGAUCAAUGGAAGUGCGCUGAGUAAUGAGGUGAUGUUCCUGUUUUCACAUUGUCUGAGUGCAAUCAGCAGCUAGCAUCUUACCUCACACAGAGCUCGACUUCUACACUGCAAUAAUCGUCCUCCUCUACGGACUAUUAGUGCAGUGACUUAUUUUAUUAUAAAAUAAACUGUAGCUGGGCAUCUGCUCCUGUGCACACAUCUGUCAGAGCACCUUAAAUAUCCCUUUUCUCCCUCCAGCCUUAAAGGGUUGGAGUGUCCAGACUAUUUUAUUUUUACUUUCACAAGCUGUGGCCUGACAGUGAGAGCCAAGAGGUGCCCUCGCCAUGGUGUUGCCACCCCCAGACAAACGUCAUGUUUGCCUGACCACCAUAGUCAUCAUGACCAGCAUGGCCUUCAUGGAUGCCUACCUAGUGGAGCAGAACCAGGGUCCCAGGAAGAUUGGUGUGUGUAUAAUAGUACUAGUAGGGGAUGUGUGCUUCCUGAUAGUGCUACGGUAUGUGGCAGUGUGGGUAGGUGCUGAGGUGCGCACCGCCCGACGAGGAUACGCCAUGAUCCUGUGGUUUUUGUACAUCUUUGUUCUGGAGAUCAAACUCUACUUUGUCUUCCAGAAUUGCAAGGCUGACAGGAAAAGUCUGGAAACAGUGGCACGGAAAGCAUUGACGUUAUUAUUAUCUGUGUGUGUGCCUGGGUUAUACUUGGUUUUAGUGGCUCUGGAUAGCAUGGAAUAUGUGAGAACUUUCCGGAAAAAGGAGGACAUGAGGAGUCGUCUGUUCUGGGUGGCUCUGGAUCUGCUGGACUUGCUGGAUAUCCAAGCCAACCUCUGGGAGCCCCAGCGGACAGGCCUGCCCAUCUGGGCCGAAGGCCUGAUGUUCUUCUACUGCUACAUCCUGCUGCUUAUCCUGCCCUGUGUGUCGCUCAGUGAAAUCAGCAUGCAGGGGGAGCACAUGUCACCCCAGAAAAUGAUGCUAUACCCAGUCCUAAGCCUGGUCACCAUAAACGUGGUCACUAUCCUCAUACGUGGUGUAAACAUGGUGUUGUUUCAGGACAGUCGGGUUUCCACAAUCUUUGUCGGCAAGAACGUGGUGGCCAUCGCCACCAAGGCCUCCACCUUCCUGGAAUAUCGCAGACAGGUGAAAGAGUUCCCCCACCCACAGAACGCAAUGGCACUAGAGCUGCAGCAGAACUCAGUCAGCCACACACAGCCACUGCCCAAUGCCACCAGUUUGCCACACGAACCCUCACCAGCGCAGGACGUCAUAGACACAUGACCGCCAGCGCUGGACUCACCAACAGUACAAAUGAACUGAAAGCUCUAGGAGUGGAGGACAGAGAAUAGAGAAAUCAGCUGCAUGACAGGAUGAUAUUCAGCUCUUGUCAAGCCCACACAAA